GUGGCUCAACGAAGCCAAGCCUUACCGGUUUCAUUCUGAACCCGCUUGCCAGCCAGAGGAACAAUGGACAGACUUUAAUACCAGAGUAAAUCUCCAAUAUCCUGGAUUUAGACUGUUGGAGAAUCCAGAACGUACCUUUGAUUUGGUACUGAAGGUAAAAUGCCAAGCAUCUGAAAAUGAAGAUCCAGUGGUACUGUGGAAGUUCCCGGCGGACUUUGGAGACCAGGAAGUGCUGAACAGCGUUCCAAAGUUCUGCUUUCCUUUUGACAUUGAAAGGGUGUCCCAAAACCAAGUAGGACAGCAUUUUACCUUCGUGCUCACCGACAUUGAAAGUAAGCAAAGGUUUGGAUUUUGCCGUUUGACGUCAGGAGGCAAGGUCUGCCUCUGUAUUCUGAGUUACCUUCCGUGGUUUGAGGUAUACUACAAGCUCCUAAACACCCUGGCAGAUUAUUUGGCUAAAGAACAGGAAAAUGACUCAAAUGAUUUGUUAAGAUCAUUGUAUAGCCAUCCUGUGCCAAAGGCGAAUGCGUUAGUCAGUUUAAGUGUGAACCAAGAGAUGAUAUUUGCAAGUGAGCAAGUGUUGAAAAAACAGCCUUGUCUUGUAUCGCACUCGUAUUUCAUUACUCCUGAUAUAACUGGAUUGCCAACAAUCCCUGAAAGCGGAGGCAUCGUUUCAGGCUUUCUGGAAAGAUGCCAUACCUGCUUUCGUUUGGAUGGUAACCGUGCACCAGGAAUGGUGAUGGUUGUUGUUAUUUUUUCUUUUAAUAAAGACCUCCAUUCUGCAGAUGCCAAGUACUUGGUGGUGCCGCGGGUAGAUUGCAAACGCGCAAUCUCGGAUCACGUUCUCUAUGAUGAGUUCAGCUGGAUAACAUCUAAUGACAGAGCUUCGAAACUUUCUGCUUUCCGCUCUCGCGUUUACGUCUGGAGCUGGAUACGGAUGUAG